UUCUGUUUUAUGAGGAACUAAAAUUAAAAUAAUUAAAAUUUCCUGUUUGUAUUUAAAUAUUUGACGAAAUUAAAUUUAUUCGUUUAAGUAACGCUGAACUAUGACGUAAUCGCAAUUAAUGACGAAACUUCUCCAGUAAUUAGGUUCGCAAUUAAAACUCCUUUCGUCAUUUUUUUACAGGAAAUUUAAUCAUUUAUUUCUAACUUUAAUUUUUUUUUAAAGUUUUUUCAUUGGAAUAAUUAUUUAAUUACAAUUCUUAUGUAACUUAAUUAAUAUGUAUCUUUCUUUUUAUUCAGAUACAAAACACGCGCCGAUGUCUUUAUGUCAUUAUAUCAAUAGAUUAAAUAUGUCACAAUAAUUGAUGAUGGGUUUGAAUAAUUUUUAAUAAUAUAUUUAUCGAAAAAUAAUUAAAAAAAUAAAGGCUUUAUCGAAUAAAUUAAUGCCAAUAUUCAUGCAUGGCGAGUAUAGGGGUAGUAUGUUUGAUAUUGUUCCUAGAACAGAUGUUACCGUAUUGAUUUAUUCAGGUGUAGGAAAGCGUCGGUCAGGUAACAAUGGAGGAUCGACCAACUACACCGGUUCCUUUACCUAGAAGAAAUAGGCGAAAUUUAGUACCUAAACUAAAAGGCAUUUUAUAUACAAGUACAUCGCUUAAAUCUGAUGGUGACUAUCCAAGUAUAGCUUCGGCAGUUUUUAAUGCUGCAUGGACUGGGCAGUGUAUCGGUUAUCCUAUCAAUCCCGAUGAAAGUGGGUACGCCGAUAUAAGAGAAACGGACAGGGAAUCGGAGCCGCCUUCUCCUCCUCCUAAAAACAUUGAAGAUAUAUACGCCAUCCCGCAUAAAAGUUCUACCGCAGACAAACAAUGCGAAACGUCAUUUUCGGAGCGUGCAGAAAAUAGUGAUAUGAAUUCUGAUGUAUCCGAAGUUCCGCAGCCGUCUUGGCAAAUACAAAGAAAAACUGUUACAAGUCAAUCGAAGCAAAAAUUUCGUUUAGCUGAUGAAGGCGAAAGAAGAUAUAAAAAAUUAGAAAAACGAAUAAAAUUAAUAAUGGAAGAAAAUGAAAAAUUACAGUCGAAAGUCAUUGAACUAGAGAAGAUAAUCAAUCAACUAAGAACGAAACUGAAUGGGAUUCAGAAUUCAGUAUCGUUGAUGGAUUCGAGCAAACAGAAAGAAAUCAAUGAGAUUAAAGAAUUGAAAAGCAAACUAGAAUGUCAAACACAACAGAAUAAAUUACUUAUGGAACAAAUACUUCAAGCUAAGAAACAAUUAGAAGAAAAUGUAAUUAAAGUAAAAAAGAUAGAGUUAAGAAAUGAAAAUAGUACAAGUUUAGGCCAAGAUCCACUUCACUCGAUGGAAAGAGAAUUGAAUUUAUGGAAAGAAAAAUAUAAGGAAAUAAAACAUAAAUGUGAAUACUUAGAAAAUUACUAUAAAGAAUGGGUUCCACCACAAGAGCACGAAGCAUUUGUACAAGAGACACAGACACUUUUGGAUAAACUGAAAGAAAAAUAUCAGGAUGAGGUUAAAAAGUUGCAAGUUAAAGUUAAGGAAUUAGAAGCGCAAAAGAAAUAUGUAACGGAGGAAAUCAAUCAACUAAAACUAAAAAUGAACAAAUAUGUUACUGAUAAAGGAAACGUAGAAGAGGCAUAUAUGCAAUUAUUGCAGAAAUGCGAAAGAUUAAUCUUUCAAUUACAAGAAAACUACAACCAAGAAAAAGAACUUCAAGAUUUAAAUUUUGGUCUUCUUCAAUUGGCCGAACAAAUAUCUAUAGAACGAGAUCAAACAAUGAGAAAAUCACAAAUGCAACAAAGAAAUCUUACAGCUCAAGUCAUUGAAAGAAGUUUGAAUAUUGGAAGAUUGCAAGAACGUUUAAAAGAGUUUAGAGAAAGAACCGAAGAAAGAACAAAGAGAACGGAAUCUAGAUUAAGGGAAAGAGAAGCCACUUGGAAGCAAUUACAAAACGAAUACCAGAAAGAAAUGCAUAAUUUAAAGAUUAGCUUGUUAGAGAAAGAUAGAGCUUUCAAUGCAUUACAUGAUGAAAAAAGCCAAUUAGAACAAAAUUUGGAUGCAUUAUUUCAGUCUAUAAAAAAAGAUAAUGAUGAUAUGGAAAUUAAAUUGAGGAAAUUUAAUUAACUUAAAGUUUUUAUAAAAUUCUUUCCGUAAUGCGGUCACCAAGAUAUUCUUACUUUCACGACCAAACGAGUUAGGCCAGAGCAGUAAUGCAGGUCAGAUGGAUAGGAAUGAAAAAAGAUCCGCUUUGUGUCCGCACGGUGAAGUGUUAUUAUACGUAUAAUAAUAAUAAACAAUGAUCAAUCCAUUUUCUUUUCUUUUUUUAAAAAAUAUUUCAAGUCGUUAACACUAUUUCAAAUGUGUUAAAAUGAAUGAUUUUGCUGUGAAUACGAAUUAAAAUUUCAAUGAAUCCACAAGAAUGUUUAUUAUUUUACAUUUUAUAUGUUCAAAGUGACAAUCUCAACAUCGAAAGUAGAUGAUGGUAAAAGACUCGGAUAUAUCGAUAAUUUUAAAUUAGAAACAACAUUAGACUAAGAGUUUUUCAUCGUGGGAAUUCCGGACGACAACCUUGCGACUCUCGAUAGUCCAUCUGUAGGAACAGAAAUCCCCUUCUCCCGCUUUAUCAAUAUGUUACUCGUUGUAUCUUUCAAGACGGAAAAUAAGGACACACUGUCGAUCAAAUCCUUAAAAUAGGCAAUAACUUUUAUGUUGAAGAAUUGUUCGCGUUCAUAUUUCCUCCAAAGAAAAAAAUAAUAAUAAAUAAACAAAGCAUUCUGCAGUGAUAUAUUCAAAUUGCUCAAUAAAUAUCUGUCAGUAAAACGUUCUUAAAUUACAAUAGAAAAGCACUCGAUCAACUAUUUGAUAAAGCAGGGGUUGCAAAGUCAAACGCAGCAAAGGGCCAGAGAAUAGAUUUAUAUUAGUGAUGUAACGAAUAUUCGGUUACUAUUCAGUAUUCGGCCUAUUUUUCGCUAUUCGGCCGAAUACCGAAUAUUUAAUCACUAUU